AUUUUUAUAUAGUACAGAAGAUUACUGAAAGAUGUCAUGGAAGUUGUGCAAAUGAAAUGGAGGACGUUGAAUUGAACAUUCAAUGACAAUCUGUUACAUUGAGUAAAAAUUUUGAUACUUCUACAAAACUUUCUAUUAUCAUUCGUUGUUGGAACAUAAAUAUCGCUUGUACUGUGUAAAGUAAUUUAAAUAUUAAUAAUACGUUUUAAUUCGAUACAGAAAAUGGCCGAUCCCAAAUAUGCCGAUUUACCUGGAAUUGCAUAUGAUCAAGUUGACGUAUAUGAAACAACUGAUUUACCAGAAUCUGAGCAGUUUCAACUUUAUCCAGAGGAUGAAGUUGAUUCUAUAGCAAAGUUACAUAUUAGUGCAACAGAAGCAUUUAAUAAAUUUAAAGGUAAACAAGUUGAUGGAGAGGCAAUUGAUUUUUCUGACCGUAUAUCAUCUAAACCAAGGACAGGAUAUAAAAUUAGAGAUUGGGAACUCCCUGGGGAAGGAGAGAAGGAAACACCCAUUCAAAAAUAUCAACGUUUGCAAUGUGAAAUUAAAGAAUUAUAUGAGGAAGUUAAUGAUUUAAAGGAAAAUGAGAAUGCAGAUAAUACAUCUGUAAUUGAUAUAAUAUCUCAAGUACAGCAUCUAGAAAAACAGUUAGAUUCCUUAAAAUUAGAAGAAUGUCUUGGUGCUGAUCUUAUUGCAACACUGUCAGAUCCUCAAGGCACAAGACUUAAGCAGUUAAUAUCACAAAUAGAAGCAUUCAAGCAAACUAAUAUUCCUGCUUCUCAAUCUGAUUCAAAAGAACAGAGCAUGAAGACUGAUAAGGCAGCUGAAAAUGGGAUACUUAAAUAUCAGAUGAUGUAUCUUCCAGAAAAAGCAAGAAUGCAAGAAGCAGCUAGAAUUGCAUUGCUUGAACAAAGACUUUGUAAUUUAGAAAGUGUUAUUGGAACAGCUACUGAUAAACUGGACAAAUUUUCACGGAAUCUCAAAUGUCAAGGAAUUAUGGAAGCUGUACAAGAACUUGGAGCAAAAGCUGCAUUAUUAGACAUGUAUCAACUAGACAUCAUUGAAAGCAGAUUAGCUACUGUAAUUCAUAAAAUGGAUAACAUUCAACAAAAAAAGGUUGCAUUGUCCUUAGAUUCAGAACAAGAGCAAAAGAUCUCAGAAAUGUAUGAUAUAAUGAAACAAACAGAAACUAUGUCACAUGUUUUACCGCAAACUGUAAAUCGAAUGUUGGCUUUGAAUACUAUUCAUCAACAGGCUGCUACCUUUAGUAAGUCUUUAACGCGUUUAGAAGAAUUGCAGUCUCAAAUUACGACUGAUUUGGAAAGUAAUAAAUCUCUUUUGAAAGGAGUACAAGAAAGUUUUGCAUCAAAUUUAGAAAUUAUAAGAACUAACAUAGAAUCUUUAGAUGAACGUAUUAAGAAACUUAGCAAGUGAUAGUCGAUAAAACAAGUGAAGAUGCAUUGCAGAUUAUGGUACUUCGACUCUAAAAGUAUAUAUUUAUUAUAUGUUAAAUUACACACAAUUAACUAAUAUUUUUUAAAUAUAUCGUUAAUUUACUGACACUAAUAUACCUCAUCAUGUAUUGCAUUUUGAAAAAAAUCAUAAUUUCAAGUU